ACACUUUAACAUACCUAAAUAUCUAAAGUUAACAUGUUUUAAUAGUUAUGGGCCAGUUACUUUAGUAGGGAGAUAUUACAUAUUUGUAAAGUUGUAUGUGAAUUAAGGAGAUUUAGCAGAACAAAAUGUAGAAUUAACCCUUCUAGCUAUCAGAUCAUUGACCAUCCUAAUCAGAAUUUUUGUCUAAAACUCAAGUAAUUGUACUAACAAAUUUCUAAGGAGUGUUUUUUCACACACGAAUCCACUUUCAGGUAGCUAUGUCUUCACGCUCCACCAUAUAUUAUUUGCCAGGGUCACUUGUCAAGUCAACUCACCAAUUCUUCAUCUCUUUUCAGCUGAACUAGCUGCAGUCUCUGGAGCGAUGGAGUCCACCGACAGGAGCCCCAAGGCCUCUCACUCUCACCCUCACCCCCACAUCCUGGUGUUUCCAUACCCAGCCCAUGGCCACAUGCUCGCUCUUCUCGACCUCAUCCACCAACUCGCUCUCCGUGGUCUAACCAUCACCAUCUUAAUCACCCCUAAAAACCUCCCAUUACUCUCUUCUCUCCUCUCCUCCCAUCCUUCCUCCAUCACUCCCCUCGUCCUCCCUUUCCCUUCUCACCCUCUCAUCCCACCCGGAGUCGAACACGUUAAAGACCUUGGCAACACAGGGAACCUACCCAUCAUGGCCGCCUUAGGCAAACUUCGCGACCCUUUAAUCCACUGGUUCAACUCUCACCCCAACCCUCCAAUUGCCAUCCUCUCCGAUUUCUUCCUUGGUUGGACACAACACCUGGCGACCCACUUGAACAUCCCCAGGAUCGCUUUCUUCUCAGUAGGUGUGUUUUUGGCUUCUGUCUUCGACUAUAUUUGGAACAAUGUUGAAAAUUUGACGCCUUUGAGCGAAGUCGAGUUCAACUAUCUCCAUGGAUCCCCGGUCUUCAAGCAGGAACAUUUGCCAUCCGUGUUUAAACUCUACAAGAGAUCAGAUCCUGAUUGGGAGUUCGUCAAGGAUGGCUUGGUUGCAAAUACAAAGAGUUGGGGUUGCGUUUUUAAUUACUUUGAUGCUUUGGGAACUGAGCAUGUUCGAUGUUUCAAGACACAAGUAGGUCAUGAUCGUGUCUUCACUGUCGGGCCGCUUAGUUUGACAAGCCCGGAUGUAUCGGGGCGGGGCAAUUCGGGUUCGGAGUCUGACCGGAAUGACCGUGUGUUGGCUUGGCUUGACGGAUGCCCCGAUGGGUCUGUUGUUUAUGUUUGCUUUGGGAGUCAAAAGCUGUUGAGAAAGGAACAAAUGGAAGCCUUGGCUAACGGGCUUGAAAAGAGCGGGACGCGUUUUAUCUGGGUGGUGAAAACGGGUACGACCAAACAGCAAGAAGACGGGUAUGGUGUCGUACCCGAUGGGUUCGAGGAGCGGGUGGCCGAUCGGAGUAUGGUGAUCAAAGGGUGGGCCCCACAAGCGUUGAUAUUGAGUCACAAGGCGGUGGGUGGGUUUCUGAGCCAUAGCGGGUGGAACUCGGUGCUGGAAGGGAUAGUGGGUGGAGUCAUGAUACUGGCUUGGCCCAUGGAAGCCGACCAGUUUGUGAACGCCAGGCUCCUGGUGGAGGAUGUGGGUGUGGGUGUGGGUGUUAGGGUGUGUGAAGGUGCUGACUCGGUUCCUGACUCAGAUGAAUUGGGUCGGAUCAUCGCUAAGUCGAUGAAUGAGGGUGGAGUGAAGGCAAAGGCUAAGGAACUGAAACAGAAGGCUUUGGCUGCAACAAGUGAUGGUGGGAGCUCCAUGAAGGAUUUGGAUAGAUUUGUAAGAGAAUUGGAUCAACUUAGAGAAAGCUAGAUCCUGCUUUCCUCUAUCAGCCCCAAUAAAAAUUCAAUUCCACUCUUUAAAUAUGAAUACAUGUAAGCAAAUCCUAUGUUCGAGUGCUAAUGACAUUCUACUGUCAGAUUCCAAAUAUUCCAUAUAUAAAUUUCAGUUGAUUCA